GACUUGUUCCACUAAGAUGCCUCGAAGACAGCGUGAAUUCAUUGGCAUCGCAGCAUGUGAGGAACGAGUUUCUGAUUCAAAGUUGGGAUAGAUAGCGACUCGCCAGACGCAGGCGACCAUCACUCAGCUUGACCCGGAAGUCAUCGCCAAACGAACAAAACGGCACUUGGAUGAGCUAGAGCGUUCCAACUACACUGAACCCUCUUCUUCCACCUUUCCCGGCCUUGAUGAGGUUGAAGAGGAGAUGGGUAGCCGCACCGUGAAGGGUCGUGCGCGCCAAACCAUUUCGGACAAGCGUGAGUGGCCAGGGUUGAAGAAGAAAAAGUCAACAAUGAACGUGCGGACGGCAAUUCUGUACAAGAAGAACCUAGCCACACUCAUCGACGAGUCUGGUAUAGCGAACUGCCCUGCGAAUAUCAGAACAUACCUCAACGCUGUCGCUCCGCCUCCUCGCGAGCCACCGCGCCUUCUGUGCUCCGUGUGCGGAUAUUGGGGAAAAUACAAAUGCAAGAGGUGUGCGAUGCCAUAUUGCGACAUGAAUUGCGAAGCAAUACACAAUGAGACGCGAUGCGAACGCAGGGUCAUCUGAUUGAUCUCGUUUCAAACUCUUGAUGGCAAGCAGGCUGCCAUUGAUAUGCUCGGAGCAAUCGCGGAACCACUCUCAGACUCUCUUCCUUGUAUCAUUCGUAUUACCAUUGUCGUCCUAUUGGUUACAUGUAAAAUACAACUGUGUACGAUAGAAACGUCACAACGUUUAGGGUUAAAACAGUGAUGGUGUCCAUGCAAUAGAGCUUUACAAUGUCAGAAGCUGCACUAGCAUUACGAGGCGAAGUUGUACUUUGCCCUCGCCCGCCACUCCACGAAACUAGGCGCUAGCCAAUACAGAAGAUGACCAAACCUACCAAAGACAUACGGCAUGAAGACAUGCUUUUCGCCGGCAUCCACUGCCCUCACAGAUCUCUUUGCCACAGCUUCAGGCCUCAGUCCGACCUUAUUCGGAUCCACUUCACGUACUACUCC